AUGGAAAAUGGUGAUAAGAUUGCUGGCGGGUCUAACGUGGGAGAAAACAAGAGUGUUGAAGUUGAGGUUUUUGAGGAGAGGGUUGCAGAGGGGUCUAAUGGACUCAAGGAUGAUUUAGAAGAUGAUGUUUUUGAGGAGGCAAUAGAGAUACAAGAACACUUGCAGGAGCAGGGGACCAAACGUGAUCUUGGGGAUGCUGCUGCUGUUGAUGGAGAAAGAAAGGCUGAGACAGUUGGUGGUUUGGGUUUGGCCGUUCUUGUUAAGAGUCCUAGUAUAGAGAAUUUUGAAGAGGCAAUUGGGGUUCCUGAUGAUGAUGAGGAUGAGGAGGAGGAGAAGGAGGAGGAGGCAAUCGUGAAUGGUGAAGAGAAGAUGGGAAGUUUUGUGGGUGGGAACAGUGUUGAUGAGGCCGCAGUGGCAGGCGCAAUUGAUGAUGGACAAACUGUAAAGGAAGCAGUGACCAAUGAAACAAAUGGAUUGACAGACGAUGGGUUGGUGGGUAGCAGAGAAGAUGGAGUAAAAGAGGUUUCUCAGAUUGGGGCUGGUGAAGAAAUAGCAGGUUUGACAGGUGGGGAUGAGGUUCAUGUAAAGUCUGUAGUUCCUGAGAAUGUGAAGUCUGAAACAGACAAUGUUGAAUCAAAUGGAUUGACAGAUGAUGGAUUGGUGGGUAGCCAAGAAGUUGGGGUGAAAGAGGUUUCUGAGAUUGGUGCUGGUGGGGAAAAAGCAGUUUUGACAGAUGCAGAUGAGGUUGAUCUAAAGCCCGAUGGAUUGGUGGAUAGCCAAGAAGUUGGGGUGGAAGAGGUUUCUGAGAUUGGUGCUGGUACAGCAGUUUUGACAGAUGGGGAUGAUGUUGAUGCAAAGCCCAAUGUAGUUGUUGAAAAUAAGAAACCUGAGAAGGACAAUUUUGAUAAUUCAAUUUCAGAGACACUGUCUACCGAUGAAAAGUUAGAUAAUGAAGCUGCUGAUCUUGAUUCUCCUCAAGUAACUGAAUUUAACAAGGAGAUCUUGAAGGAAGCUGGUAAUGGUCAGGAAUUAGAGGAAAAUUCCUCGAGCUUAAAGAUUCAGCUUGAAAAGGAUGUGGGACUGCUAAGUGCGUUAGAUGGCCAUCCUUUGAAGGUUCAAGAUGAUAAUGCUGCGGAGUCACAAAAUACAGUACAUAAAGAAGGUGAUAGUGCUGAAUCAAAAGAUGCUAUGCCCUGCAUUGAAGCAAGGCAAGAGGAUAAUAAAAUUGAAGAACUAAGAGACACUUUGACUUGUACAGAUGCAGAACAUCAAGAUUACAGGAAUGGAGAAGUGAAAGACUCUUCCACUUUGCUGGGUUCAGAGCAUCAUGGGGAAGAAUCUGAACUAAAAGGCAUUUCAUCUGAUAAAGGGGAGGAUGGGAAGGAAAGGGCUGUGACAUCAGAGAGCUCCGCUUUUCCUGAAACAUCUGCAACUGAGCAGACAGAGAAGAUUCUGGAUGGUGAUGCUGAUUUGAGAGCAGAGAGUAACAAAGGUGAUCAACCUCUGCAAGCUGAUGAAAUUGCUCGUGAAGUUUGCAACAAUGUUGCUGCCCCUGAAGAGCCUGAAAAGAAAGAAAGCAUUCAGGCAGAGAAGGGAAUCAAUAAAGUGAACAGAGAACAAGAGAUUCAGCCAGCAUCAGUGCAUUCUUCUUCAUCUGGAAAUUCUACAAACCCCACUCCCCCUCCUACUCGUCCAGCUGGCCUUGGCCGUGCUGCCCCACUUUUGGAACCUGCACCUAGGGUGGUACAGCAUCCUCGAGUAAAUGGUACAGUAUCUCAUGUGCAAAACCAGCAAAUUGAGGACCCCGCUAAUGGAGAGGCAGAGGAGUCUGAUGAGACUCGUGAAAAGCUUCAAAUGAUAAGAGUGAAAUUUUUGCGUCUUGCACAUAGGCUUGGGCAGACUCCACAUAAUGUUGUUGUGGCUCAGGUUUUGUACAGACUGGGACUAGCUGAGCAGCUGCGUGGUAGAAAUGGGGGCCGUGUUGGUGCUUUUAGUUUUGACCGUGCAAGUGCCAUGGCAGAGCAGCUUGAGGCAUCAGGGAAUGAACCCCUUGAUUUUGCUUGCACAAUUAUGGUUCUUGGAAAGACAGGAGUUGGCAAAAGUGCAACCAUCAAUUCUAUAUUUGAUGAAGUGAAGUUCAACACUGAUGCUUUUCAGAUGGGGACAAAGAAAGUACAGGAUGUUGUUGGUACCGUGCAAGGGAUUAGAGUACGAGUCAUUGACACACCUGGCCUUUUACCUUCCUGGUCUGACCAGCGUCAGAAUGAGAAGAUUCUCCUGGCUGUGAACCGCUUUAUCAAGAAAACUCCCCCAGAUAUUGUGUUGUAUCUUGAUAGGUUGGACAUGCAGAGCAGGGAUUUCAGUGAUAUGCCACUCUUGCGCACCAUCACAGACAUUUUUGGGGCAUCUAUAUGGUUCAAUGCGAUUGUGGUUCUGACUCAUGCUGCGUCAGCUCCACCUGAUGGCCCAAAUGGCACAGCUUCUAGUUAUGACAUGUUUGUCACUCAACGAUCUCAUGUUGUCCAGCAAGCCAUUCGUCAGGCUGCCGGGGAUAUGCGGCUCAUGAAUCCUGUUUCAUUAGUAGAGAACCACUCUGCUUGCAGAACUAAUAGGGCUGGGCAGAGAGUUUUGCCAAAUGGUCAGGUUUGGAAGCCUCAUCUGUUAUUGCUCUCAUUUGCAUCCAAGAUUCUGGCUGAAGCAAAUGCCCUAUUGAAGUUGCAAGAUAGUCCACCCGGAAAACCUUUUGCAACUCGGUCUAGGGCACCUCCUUUACCUUUCCUUCUCUCAUCCCUCCUUCAAUCAAGACCACAGUUGAAGCUGCCUGAGGAGCAGUUUGGUGAUGAUGACAGUCUAGAUGAUGAACUGGAUGAAUCUUCAGAUUCUGAUGAUGAAUCAGAAUAUGAUGAAUUGCCACCAUUUAAACGUUUGGCAAAGGCCCAGGUGGAGAAACUCUCUAAAGCUCAGAAGGCGGCAUAUUUUGAUGAGUUAGAGUAUAGGGAAAAGCUUUUCAUGAAGAAACAGUUGAAGGAAGAGAAAAAGCGACGGAAGUUGAUGAAAAAGUUGGCAGCUUCGGCAAUGGAACUGCCAAAUGAUUAUGGUGAAAAUGUUGAAGAGGAAAGUUCUGGGGCAGCAUCUGUUCCUGUUCCCAUGCCAGAUUUGGCCUUACCUGCUUCCUUUGAUUCUGAUAAUCCAAGUCACCGUUAUCGAUAUCUAGAUUCCUCCAACCAGUGGAUCGUAAGACCUGUUCUAGAAACUCAUGGUUGGGAUCAUGAUGUUGGUUAUGAGGGCAUAAAUGCAGAAAGAUUGUUUGUUGUCAAAGACAAAAUACCCUUGUCUUUUUCUGGCCAGGUUACCAAGGAUAAAAAGGAUGCCAAUGUCCAAAUGGAAGUAGCUAGUUCAAUAAAGUAUGGGGAAGGGAAAGCAACUUCAUUAGGAUUUGAUAUGCAGACUGUUGGGAAGGACUUGGCUUAUACUCUGCGAAGUGACACAAGGUUCAGUAAUUUUAAGAAGAAUAAGGCAACGGCUGGUCUCUCAGUUACUCUCUUGGGUGAUGCUUUAUCAGCUGGGAUGAAAGUCGAAGACAAAUUUAUUGCUAAUAAACGGUGCCAGAUGGUUAUGACUGGUGGUGCAAUGACUGCUCGUGGUGAUAUUGCUUAUGGAUGUACUUUGGAGGCCCAGUUGAGAGACAAAGAUUAUCCUUUGGGUCGUUCGCUAUCAACUCUUUCGCUGUCGGUAAUGGAUUGGCAUGGAGAUCUUGCCAUUGGAGGCAAUAUACAGUCUCAGAUUCCAGUUGGACGACAUACAAACCUGAUUGCUCGUGCCAAUGUAAAUAAUAGGGGGGCUGGACAAAUCAGCGUGCGCUUGAAUAGCUCAGAACAGCUUCAAAUAGCUUUGUUCGGCCUCAUUCCUCUGCUCAGAAAGUUCUUCACGUAUCCUCAACAGUUGCAGUAUGGACAAUGA